GAAACAGGGAGGAUCCGUAAUAUAAAAGACUGUUCAUUCUUGACUUUGCUGCAGUUCUACAACAGCUACAGGAUGGGUGGGGGAAAGAGUAAGCCUGAAGUGAAUCCUUCUCCCAUGUUUGAGGAACCAUGGAGAAAUGUUGCCUGGGGAGACCAUGUGAGGGAUCUUGAGUAUGCACAGGAGUAUGUGCCUGAAACCAAAUACAUCAAACAUGUCCGAAUCCUUCUGUACGGACCCGUUGGAGUAGGAAAGUCCAGCUUCAUCAACUCUGUCAGCAACUGCCUACUAGGCAGAAUGACUACACCUGCUUUGGCCAGUGCAACUACCUCUGACAAAAGUUUCACCAGAAAAUAUAAAACUCAUGAAAUCAUAGAAGGAAGAGGAACGGACAAGAAGCCAUAUCAUUUUGUCUUCAAUGACGUCAUGGGUCUGGAGAAAGGGGAUGGAGUUCGUGCUGAUGACAUCAUACUGGCCCUAAAUGGACAUGUGAAGGAGGGAUACAAGUUCAACCCUUCAUCUCCACUGUCUCCUGAGGAUCCAAGCUACAACCCCCGUCCCUCUGCAAACGACAAAGUUCAUGUUCUGGUUUGUGUGCUUUCUGCUAACUCAGCAGAAAUUACAGACUCAGUUCUGAAGAAGAUGGCCGACAUCAGAGAGGCAGCCAGUGAGCUGGGGAUUCCCCAAAUGGCAAUAGGCACCCACAUUGAUUCAGCCUGUCCUGAAACUGAAAAGGAUCUGAAGAAUGUGUACAAGAGCAAGCACAUUAAGCAAAAGGUGAAAGACUUCAGCGCAGCAGUGGGGAUCCCAGUGAACUGUAUUUUUCCUGUGAAGAACUACAGUGAAGAAAUCAAGAUCAAUGAUGAUGUCAACACUCUGAUCCUGAGUGCACUGAGACAAAUGAUCAGCUUUGGAGACGACUUCAUUGAGAAAUUAAUCUAAAUGUAAAGAGAAGUGAGUCUCGGAUGUUCAGUUAUAAUCUGUUGGCAGAUCGCUUUGACAGUUAAUGUCUGUAUUUGAUGAAGACUGUUGUCUCUAUAAGACAGCUGGGAUCUGAUCCUAGUUACCAACACAUACAUGUAAUUGCAUGUUUGCAUGUUUGCGAUAAAUACAUUUCUGUGGCUUUCA